UGACCUGCAGGGUCUGUGGAGGAACGAACUGGGCUCCAACAUGACACUCUGGGCCCUGGAUGCGGCUGGGACCUUCUCAGGCUCCUACCACACUGCUGUGGCAGCCACCAACAAGCAGAUCCUGGUGUCGCCCCUGCAAGGGGCCCAGCAACACCCCAGUGCCAAGGGGCAGCCCACAUUUGGCUUCACCGUGCAGUGGCUGUUUGCAGACUCCACCACCGCCUUUGUGGGCCAGUGCUUCGUGGACCGCCGUGGGAAGGAGACUCUGGAGACCACGUGGCUUCUGCGGGAAGAGGUCCCAUCACGCAGGGACUCCUGGAAAGCCACCAGGGUCGGCACCUCCAUCUUCACCCGCAUCAAGUGAUGGGGAUGGGAUCCGGACCUGCCUGCACCCUGCUGUCCUGCCUGCAACCCCAAGGCUCUCUGCUACCCUGGUCCUGGGCUGGGCUCCUGCCUGUUCCCAGCAUCCUCACUGGGCAAUGCACCCUCGUCCUGUCCUGCUUCCUCCCAGUGCCUUCCAGUGCCUCCCAGCAGCCUGUUGGCAGGCCCCCCCCUUCCCAAAGCUCACUGCCCCCACACAUGAAACUGAAUAAAUGUUUCUC